AUGACUGAUGUUGUGUAUUACCGCGUUUGUCCAGUCAGGAUGAAAAAGCGCAUGUCCACCCUCCUCCAUACGCACGUGGCCCUUAUCAUUCUCACGGCGUGCGCCGUGCUGGACGCCGGAUGUGUCAUCGGCCAGAUUAUUUCCGACAUUCUUAUUAUGAAAGAUGAGUUACACGAAAAGGAGAUUUCCGAGGUCAAAUCGAAGAGUUUAAUCUUUGAGACAUUUCCCCAAAUUUUAAACAAAUCGAUACACGGGAACUGGUCCCUACCCAGCAUGCUCACGGAGGUUAACAAAGAUUUGGGGCCCAUCCACACCGACGGCUUAGAGCAUUCGUCUCUACGCACACUGGCCUCGUUACCCAAAUUAUUGAGACCUAAAGAUCUGAAGGAGCUUAACGAGACCACGCUUAGCGAACUGAACGCUCUGGCGAUGGAGGCCCUGAAGACUGGUCACGAUCACCAAUCACAUAGUCACGAUGAUGGCUUCCACCUUCACCGGAAGAAGCGGGGCGCGGGAGGAAAUCACAAGCACGAUAUGCUCGAUGAAAAAGAGAAGCAGCGGCACUACAUGCUUCACGAGUUGACCCAUGCAUUUCAUCUCGGCUCCAUGGUCAUCCUCACUUUUCUCGUGCUCAUCACGUACUUUAAGAUAUUCAUCAUGGGCAAAAAGUUCUUGCAUCACAAAAUUGAAGUUUUCGACGCAUUUGUCCUCACAGUGUCAUGGGCUUUAGAUCUUGUCUUUUGGGAUGGACUUUGGGCCCAUCCGGAGGACGAAGCCGCAAAUAUUAUGAUCUUUAUCUUACCAUGGAGGGUCAUCCGUAUUGUUAACAGUUUCGUGCUGGUCAUACAGGGUAGAGACCUUUUGCAACUGAAGAUUGUGAAGCAACAAUACCGAGGAUCCGUGAAGAGGGCAAAUGACCUCAAGAUGAAGGUCGAGCUAUACAGGGUCGAGGUGAAAAACCUCCAGUCACUGUGCAAACGAAAAGGGGCCGGUGAAAAGGAGAUUCAAAGUUGUGCAGCUAACGGAGGAGCCCGGCGUCGCCGAAGUAGUCUACUGCCGGUGCUCCACCGUCUGGCAUCCAUGGGUCUGUCCAUCAGCAGCCAGACGGACCUGACGAAGUCGACAUAUGAGCCACCAACUCCUCACGACUCCGAUGAUGAUCUGGAUUCCACUUACGUGCCGUCCAUCAGCCGGAUGAGCAGCCUAAGCCUGGACGAUUAUAAUCUUGGACGGACGGUCUCCAACAGCACCGCCUCAACAAUGCCGGUCAGCCAGAAACCGAGCAUAAACUCGUUCAUGAGCGAAGACAAUCCAGUCUUUGACGACCCAAUAUGUCCCUACCCUAAUGGAGACAUUGAGCAUGGUACCAAACUUUGAAGAUCGACAUGGGUAAUUCGAUUUACAGUUUUCUUUCGUCUUGUAAACAAGCGACUUUGCUUUUUUGUUUGUAACGGUUGACAAUCAAAAAUCCUAUGUCAAAAAAGCCAUGUAAGCGUUUUUACGUGGUCCGUCGAUUGCAGUUGAUUGGGGUGCUAUGAGAACUAUUACUAGAUAUGUCAUGUUUCACACUGUACAUGUUUGGAACACUAUUGAGUCUGUAUAAGUGACGUACGUGAUAUGAAAAUUGUGUAAACUUGCUCGUUGAAAUGAACCAGUGCCGUUGGAAGUGUUUUAGCGGUGCUAAAUUAGUUGCGACAUUUAAGUUUGAGUUUCCAUAAGGUCACACUAGUUUAAACAAUGGAUUCCGAAGAACGAAAAACAACAGGCGCUAGUUGUAAGAGUUUCAUAGCGAUCAGUACAAAGUCACUUCAUGUUGAUGACGCAAGCAGGUGUCACGUGUUGGCACAGUAAACGAAAGGCUUCGGGUUUUGACGAGGGCGCAUUGUCUUUUUUUAACAACGUGUACCGGUGAAGACUUUUAUAGACACGUAUCAACGUGUCAAUCGGCAGUGUGAUAUUUAGGGGCGUUCAUUUUAAACUGAAUACAAUGUGUACAACUAUCAUUAUAUGAGUCGUGUUCUGAGAAAACUUGGCAUAAUUCAUGUGCUUAAAGUGUCGUCCCAUAUUAGCCUAUGCAGUCCGCACAGGCUAAUCAGGGACGACACUUUCCGCUCUAACGGUAUUUUUCGUUAAAAAGAAGUCCCUUUUUACCGAAAACCUUGUUUAAGCGGAAAUUGUCGUCCCUGAUAUGCCUGUUUUCUCAGAACAAGACUCAUUUAAUAUAUUAUGCGUAUGUUGCUUACAUUUUUUGUUUAUAAAUGGUUGUUGCUUUGAUUGUGUAGGACGUUGUAAAAUUGUUAACGUUUAAGUUUGUGUUUUUUUUGCGUAGAAUUUAUAAUUUUUGCAUCUUGUUUUUAAACAUCUUGAUAGUAAAUUAUGAACUUAUAAAAAACUCUUGAGUUGUUUAUUUAAAAUCUAACUUUGCUGAUAACCAGAACAAUUGCGAGGUUUUUUAAUUGUGACGAUAGUAAUUAGUUCUACUUUCGCCGAAUAAGCUGUAUGUGAUAUGUUUGUCUUUGUUACAUAAAUAAUGAAUAAACUUACCAUUUUUGAAUGUAUGUGCUACCAAAAAGAGUUGAAAUUUUGACAGCAUGGCAUCUGCGCUUUGCAGCCGCUUUGCAGUAUUUGUGUUAUCUGAGUGGCACAACACAUUUAUCGUUGACGACAAGGCAACUCUAAUGUUGACAUUGACAUUGUUAUAUUUACGAACGUUAAAACACUUAAAAUAAUGUGUACUUGAGACUUAUAUUUAUUCUUUAUAUAUGUACUGUUUGAGUUUAAUUUUCCUGCGUUAUUGUAUGUAGAUUUUAGUUAUUGUUUACGUAUAGUCAAAUCAUAUUCAAAGUCAUUAUUCAUAUAGUUCGGUAUCUCAAUUUGUGAAUCCGUAAAUUAGGGCAUUGUCUAUAAAUAAAUAAUAUGCCUUAAGUUAUUUAUGUAAUUUAAAUAUCAAGCAACUUAAUAUAUUUUUCAAAAAUAAACAACCACAAACACAGCUUUUUUAUAAACAGCACAACAUUAAUUAUUCCUAUUUGUGUACCAGUCAGUAAAAUUAAUUCGUUUGUUUUGCGCUUGUCAGAUUGCAUUAUUUUGUCAUUUCUUUCAUUCCAUACUUGCACAAUCUCUUGUAUCAUAACAGUUCUAUUGUUUAUUUUUUGU